UCAGUUUUCUAACUGCAGCAUCAGACAGUUUUGAGGCUCUGUUCCUCUCUGAGUCACAGAGAUUGCAGUAGUGUUAUAUUAUCUGAUACUAAACUAGAGAUGUCCACUCUGUGGCCCAGAAUUCCUCUGAUAAAGGGGAAGUCAGCCAGGCAGACUCUGGAGGAGAAGGGUCUGUAUGAAGAGUACAAGAGGAAGUAUCGCUACAACCCCAGAGCCAAGUUUAACACCAGGGCGGGAGAUGCCAUGGUGCCCAUGAUCUACAAUCCAGAGUCAACAUACUAUGGAGUCAUCGCCAUCGGUACUCCCCCUCAGUCGUUCAAUGUUCUCUUUGACACAGGCUCUGCCGACCUGUGGGUGCCAUCUCUCCAUUGCAGCAGCACCCAGGCCUGCAGAAACCAUGCCAGGUUCAACACUACAGCAUCCUCCACGUUCCAGCCCAGCUCAGAGACUUUCUCCAUCCAAUAUGUCACUGGUUACAUGACAGGGGAUGUGGGAUACGACACCGUAAUAAUCGGUGACUUGUAUGUGACACAUCAGAUCUUUGGCCUGAGUCUGGUGGAGGAUGCUUACCUGCUUACAUUACCAUGGGAUGGGAUUUUGGGCCUGGCCUUCCCCAACCAGCAGUCAAUUAACGGAGGUACUCCUGUAUUUGACAACAUUUGGAAACAGGGCAAGAUCCCUCAAGACCUGUUCUCCAUCUAUCUGACCAGCUCUAUAGAUGGCAGUAUGUUAAUCCUGGGAGGAACUGACCCAUCCUACUUCACAGGAAGCAUCCAAUGGAUUCCCAUCUCUCAACCUACUGGCUUCUGGCAGAUCAAAGUAGACAGUAUUACUAUCAAUGGGAAUACUGUGGCGUGUGUAGCUGGCUGCCAAGCUGUAGUAGACUCUGGCACCACUGAGAUCCUCGGGCCUACCAGGGACGUCAAUAACAUCAAUGGCUGGGUGGGAGCCUACAGCGAACAGGGUAUCGUGAGUUGCAGUAAUAUAAAGCGCAUGCCUGAGAUUAUCUUCAACAUCAAUGGAUUCGGCUUUACUCUCCCAGCAUCAGCCUAUGUUUUCCCUUAUGGCUCCAGCUGUAGUACUGGUUUUGGCACCUGGGACAAUGAUCAGUGGAUUCUGGGUGAGGUGUUCAUGAGGCAGUUCUACACUGUCUUCAACAGAGAGCAGAACUGGGUGGGCUUGGCCCAGGCUAAAUGAGUCCAGAGUCAGAUUGACACUGACAAACCCACUGGUGCCCCAACACUGACACCAUGCGUGUCUGCAUCUCAGACUGAGAGAGAUUCACCAGCCCAACCAUCUUUACUCCAGUUCUGUUUACAUCUGAAGUGAACAUCAGACAGGGGUAAUGGAAAAUGAACAAGCUCCACUACUAUACAAUUGUUCCAAUUAUGCAAAUAAAACAAAGUUAACCUGUAUCCGA